UGACGUGUGCCUCGUAUGUUGAUGUUGGAAUCAGCUGGUCGAAAGAGUUGAAUGAAAGCUAGCGUUAAACCAUAACAAACCGCCCUAAAUCCUCCCUGUCGUCGAAAAAGGUAAGAAAUAACCCUAGUUUCUUUCAUGAAAUUUCCUCAUUCGCUAAGAAACCGAUAAGAAAUGUGUAAGCAUUCGUUCUGAACGAGUUUAAAAUUCGCGGCGGGUUGUAUAUACUAGACGCUACUGUUGACAGCGGUCAAUUGGACGUCGGGAAUAUAUCGCAAGUUUUUCUAGUAUUCUAUUUCCCACAGCCCCUCGAAUUGCGUGGGCCGUGAUAAACGUUUGACGAAUAGUGCCCCAUGUAGAAGUUUUCAAAUCCAACCACUCGGCGAGAAGAUUACUAGAAAUAUCGCCAUGGCUAGUGGCUUAAUGGAAGUUAGGUUUAGUAAGACGUUUCCGGUUCGAAAUAGCUAAAAUUAAUCUCUCAUGGUUAAAUUUUCAGCCUUAUAAUUUGUCUGUGUGCUAUAAUCAUGUAAAGAUGGAUAAUUUAGGAUAAUUUCUUACUGACUCCGAUAAGAUUUUACCCAACAAUUCGUUGCGUGUUAUUCGUUCGCAUUUUCAUUCACGCAUUAUCGAUCACCAUCGACUCAUUACAACUCGCGUGAAUUUUAUAAUACUAUUCGAAACGGUUGGCUGCCUUUCGCUUUUUCAUUAAAGUAAAUUAUUUUACUGUCUUAAUAAAUAAAAAUAACCAGUGUAUGAUGAAGUAUUUUCAUAAAAAAAACUCGAAUAUAUUUGGUGGUGAAUGAAUGUUUUGAAAAUGCCGAAUGAAUUAAUUUCGCGGGAAUCUCUAAUUAUUCAUAUAUGGCUCGAUUCUCGAAGAUGCAAAGAAACUUCCAUAGGAUCUCAGUAUAAGUUGGUUCAAAUUUAGAAGCAAAUAUAAAAAAGGGUUUUUGUUCAAAGCUUUUCUCGUAUUUUUACUGUCUAUUAUGAAGAGCGUUGAAAAGCGUCGUUUCUCUUCCAUACCCCAAAUCCGCUUACAGCGAGAAUGGUAAGUUUGGAAAUAUCGUGCAACAUCAGGCUAACAUAUUGUUGUGCGGUCAUUGCUAAUGUUUGCUUUGUUAAUUCCGAUCAGAAAGAGACGGUUGACAGAACGACAAAAGAUACUGUUAGCUUAAGGUCAUUGUCUUCAAAUACACCCUUCAAUUAGGGAAUGUUAGCAAAUUAUUGUGAUCUGUUCUACAGGGAUUACUUAGAUUAUUUUAAUAUUUAGAUUACUUAGAUUAUUUCAAGCAUUAAAAUGAUCCUUAUUUCAUUGAGAAGUUUUCAAACUUCAUCGAAAAACUUAAAAAAACUUGCCCCGAGUAAUCGUCAGAGAAAAAACUUGUUUUGACCAGUACUAAUAUAAACCUAUUACUGACGUACAUACUGGUAAAGUUUUAUUGACGUAUAAAUUGAUAUUAUGUGCACAUUUAGUCAAUGAAAAAUUACCGCGUGUGAUAUCGCGUUCGCAUGAUUUCCACGUGUAUAUGGCGCAUGUAUAUGGUACAUUUCAGAUCACGUCUGUUAAGCGUGUUGCGCGCUACAGGUGUUUGGUUUAGUCUUGUCUGGAGAGAAGUGGAACGAUCGACACAGUGGCAACAGCUUGAGUCAACUCAACGCCUCUAUAACGUACUCUGGGAGUCUACCCAUUCCUAACGCCUCUAUAACGUACUCUGGGACCGUGUCCACCAAAAUUUAGAGAUUGUUAGCCAACUUUUCUAGGAGACAGUAAGAUGAAAUGAAGGAAUAUUACUUCCAGGACCUAGAGGCCCUCUCAGCCACGGCGCGUGAGGUGUGGCUUGCGGAGCAGUGCUCGGAGUUCGAGUCUCUUCUCCGUGAGUUGAGUAACAAGCACCAGAAAGAGCAUCUGGUCGAAGACUUGUACAAGAAGCUGAAGCAAGUGACGAGACGGUGGCAAUCUUGGAAUCACAGGUCGUUUGGAGCAGUCACAUCCAGAGGCUAUGUAGCGGAGCUCCAGAGCUGGGAGCGAAACAUUAAGAUUCGUGGAAUACUCCUCCCCAAGCCUCAAGCCGCUUCACCAGAGAACAACGCCCUAGAAAAGUUCGAGGACUGGUGCCAAGACCUCGAAGAUUUGCACAAUCAGUUCACCACAGGAAUCCUUCAGCCAUUGAAGGACUUUUUCAUCUGCGAGAAUACGACGCCUCAGCUGAAAUCCGUACCACGUGACCUUGAGAAGGUGCUUAGCCAGUGGUAUUCGCUGCUUACAUCCGGGGCUGUCAAUGAUAAGCUGUUUACGAGUGGGACUGGGGACUCAGUUUACCCCGUGUCUAUACGUAAUAGAUGCCAUGACUUUGACUUAGUUUUGCGACUGAUUCCUGAUUUGAUGGCGAAAGCUCACGAGGCGUUAAGGUUAGCUCGGAGAUGGCGACUAAUGAGACAUGCUUCUGCGAAUUUGAAACGAGAUGAGACUUACAUUGUAGGAAAAAAUCUAAAUCGCUCCCAUCGCAGGAGGCAAGGGAAAGUCGAACAACGCCUAAAAUCGCUAGAACAAGAAUUAGAACAAUCACAAGCGCAUUAUAAGGCUCUGAAGAAAGAGCUGGAAGAAUCGAAUGCGAAAUGCGAAGCCAUAGAAAGAGAACUUACAAACUAUCGCCAGCAAUGUAAACAUUUGGAGAAUGAACUAGACCGGGUAAAGGUGAAAUGCGAGAGUUUAAAAGAAAAAUUAGAAAACGCAAAAAGAGAACGAAAAUCAGUUGAUAACGACAAUGAAACAACAACAGAGUACAUCAAAGUCCUACAACAAGAAUUGAACAGUGCCAAAAUGAACUACUGCGUGCAAAAAAUCAAGUUUAUUAAUGCGAAACGCCGUUGCGCGACACUAGCCAAUGAGCUUGAUAGCAUGAAAGAGAGGCUAAUAAUAUUAGGCCGAGAUCUUGAGGAAAGCAAGAAAAAGUGCCAGGCGUUAAGACUCCAGUUGGACAACACGAAAAAGAACAUAUUCACCCAGGGUCACAUGCUGGAUGUGCUUCAAAACCAGUGCUUUACUCUCCGUGAUGAACUACAGGCUUCAAAGAGUAAAUGCACUGAGCUUAGCGGGCAACUGGAGACGUCGACAAAGCAAUGUGAAUCGCUGGUGAAGCAGUUAGAACUUGUUAAGCAGCAGUGUCAAACUCUCGAUUCCGAGCUGCAGAGAGCCAAGACGAGAGAGGAACUACUGAUAAAACAAAACGAGCAUCUGCGCAACAUGUGUGAAGAGCAAGGGAUUCCUCAGGAUCCGGUUCUCCACCGGAUAGGCAAGAACACCCUACACAAACCCGAGACAGGAGAGACGAACAACAUUCAACUCAGGGCCAUAGCCAGCACGGCAAGAAGGCGGCACAAGAAAACAAGCGCAUUAUAUAUUAUGUCACUCAGGGCCAUAGCCAGCACGGCAAGAAGGCGGCACAAGAAAACAAGCGCAUUAUAUAUUAUGUCAGAGGAAUAUUGCCGCCGCAAAUGAAAUAUAUUUGUAAAUCGCCAAGUCAAUUAUAUGAAAUAUCCAGUGACAAUUUUAGAGAAUAAAUUUUAUUUAAUGAUACUGCUAACAGCAUUUUCUAAAUCGUUCGUGCUUUUGUACAGAUAGGAGCUAUAAUAUAACAGAAGAGAACAUUUCCUCGAUGUUUACUGAAAAAUUGCCAGCAUUUCGUGGACAGCGGCAUUCAUGUCAUUUUCGACGUUUUCUAUCUUGUCUUUUUUUUAAUUAUUGUCUUCGUAAAUGCUAGUGUUUUCAUAACAGAGACAAUGGAUUUGUUAUUUAUUUAAAAUAAAAGAAGCAUAAAUAUUACAUUAAGAUAUGCUGAUUCCAUUACAAUAAAAAUUGCAAUCGGGCGAAAUCAUGAUCGCCCAUGCA